UUGCUAGCUUCUUAAACUUCCUCCCAGCUCUUCUUAGUUCUUACUUGUAUCAUUCCAUUUAUUCAUCGACUCAUCUACUACUAAUACUCUUACAAUGGCAAAAAAUGUAGCUCAGUCUCCCAUGACUUCAUUUGACCAGCAGCUGGCUAAGCGCUGUUCUCAGGAGGGUGUAAAAGCUGGAGUCAAGGCAGCUGUUGUUGCUACCAUUGCUACUGCAAUUCCAACUUUUGCUAGUGUGAGGAUGCUGCCUUGGGCAAGAGCCAAUCUGAAUCCCACAGCUCAGGCUCUCAUAAUCUCUACAGCUGCUGGAAUGGCAUACUUCAUAGUGGCUGACAAGACUAUUUUGGCAACCGCAAGGAAGAACUCCUUCCACCAAGUCUCUAACUAAGAAGCAAUACCAAUCACUAAUUUGAGUUUAAAUUGCUGUUGUGAUGCUGAUGUGAAUCCAUCCUGUUGAUUAUAAAUAAUAGAGAUGGAGUUUCAUUGUAGCACUAGAAAAUUUAUGU